AUGAGACCCCUUCCAAGACUUGGCAAUGCCAAUGCCACCAGCAAUGGCAGCACCACUCAGGCAUGCGCUGCAUGUAAAUACCAACGUAGAAAAUGUGCUCCUGAUUGCAUUCUCGCCCCUUACUUCCCCCACGAUCGCCAGAGACAAUUCCUCAACGCUCAUAAAUUGUUUGGGGUCAGUAACAUCACGAAGAUCAUCAAGAAUCUUGAGCCUCCCGAGAAGGAUGAAGCCAUGCGGACCAUUAUUUUCCAGUCUGACGUGCGAGCCAGUGACCCUGUGGGAGGAUGUUAUAGAAUUAUAAGAGAACUUCAACGUCAGAUUGAGUUAAACAAGGCUGAGCUGGAGUUGGUUCUUCAUCAGGUGGCGAUUUGUCGGGCGCAAGCUCAGCAACAGAUUCAAGAAACUGAUGAUUCGGUUCUUAGUUUUGAGAAUAUAGUUAAUUCUGAACCGUUUUUUAUUAAUCAAGGGCAACAGGAGAGUGAUAAUUAUGUUGUUUCGAAUAAUUUAGUAGAUGACCUAAAUGUUGAUGCAUGGACCAUGCAAGAUCCGACCAUGGUGUCCACGUUGCAGAUUAAUAAUGAAAGUAGUGAGGAGGGGUUGAAGGUGGAGCAGGUGAUGGUGACAGCGACGACGACGCAGCUUGUUGAGAUACCAUAUGAGAGACAUGAGGUGAAGUUUGAGGCUGAUCAAGAAUUGGUUGAGAGGAGGUUUGUACCUACGACACAGUUGCUUAUAUCGUCCUAG